CUUUAGAUAUGCGAGUAAUAUGGCAAUUGCCAUUUCUACGCCGAACAGUUCAAAGUGAUCUGAGUAUUGGUGCAUAUUUGCCCUUUUGAAAAGAAAAAAAAAAAAGAAUUCUAACUAUAGGCCUUUGAGGCCUUCUAGUUCAAUUUUGGCUAGUAGAGAUAUUGAUGGAGAAGAAGGACAUAUUAAUGGAAGAAAGAGUAGAAAUAGCAGUGAAGAGAUGCGAAAGAGUCAUUGACAGAAUACACAGAUUACCUCUGCACACCUCCAUCAACCACUCAUGUACCCGCACUCUCCUCAAGUUAGCUCACUCUGAGCUCGCUUUCCUCUCUCGCACGUGUCCUCAACCUUCACUUCCACUCAGUGUCAAUAUUGGCCACCUUGAAGCUGUGAUUCACCUUCUGGAACACCCAUUUGUGAGUGGAGUUUCACGCGUUUGCAAGUCAAUAAAAACAACCCAUUCUUCGAAAACUAUUCAUGUUGAUGUUGUUUGUAUUUUUAAUAAAAACCCAGUUUGGAUAAUUGUAUCUGAUAGAAAUCCUAAGUAUAUUUCCUGGCAUGAUUGCUUCAAAUUGAGAAUUGAAAGACUUCUAGCUGAAGCUCGUUCGUCCCAGAUAAUCAAACCCACAUCAAUACUUGUUUUUUUCGCCCGUGGACUUGAUGAUUUCGUGUUUGAGAAGCUUAAGUAUGAAUUUGGGGCAUUUGAAAUUGAAUUGGGGUUUGAUUUAGAAGAUGGGUGGAUAAACGUGACUGAUACACCAUAUCAAGAUUCGAUGUUUAUUGAGAUUAAGGUUGAUGGCACCACUAGUAGUAGAAAUGCUGUUUUGGAGUGUGCCUUUGUUGAGAAAUUUGAUGGGCUGGAGCUGCAAGAAGAGGAUACUGCAGAUGAUUCUUUUACUUCUCUUAUUUCAGGGUUUCGAUAUGAUGGUGAUCUUGUAAAUUUUGACACAACAGCACUGAUUGCCAUUGUAUCCGGCAUCAGCAAUGGUUGCAGAGAGAAACUCCUGGCUGCUCCGGAGAUUCAAUUGAGGCAGAGGUUUAAGGGAAAUUUUGAAUUUGUGGUUGGACAGGUCUUGUCUGAAAUUCAGAAUCCAAUACAUGUGGAAAUGGCUGAUAUAAUACACGGAAAGGGAGGCAUAAUAUGUGAAAGCGUUCUUUCAGAGUUCAAAGAGUUGGUCUCAUUGUGUGGAGGACCUAACGAGAAAUUAAGAGCUGAUAAAAUACUGAAAUCACUCAUGGUUGUGCCUGAUAGUCCUUCAGAACGCAUGAUGUGCCUCCCUACAACUAGAAAGCUGGCACUGAAGAACAAGGUGGUUUUUGGGACUGGUGAUCAUUGGCGUGCUCCAACAUUAACAGCAAACAUGGCAUUUGUCAGAGCAGUUUCACAGACUGGGAUGUCCCUGUUGACCAUUGAGCAUCGACCAAGGGCUUUAACAGGUGAUUAACUGCGCAUAAAUUGUGGUGUUAAUUGUAUAUUGGGAGGCUCUUUACUUCAACUGGUGGAUGAUUGAGAUCAAUCGUUUUUUCCCGGAUGCCUUGACAUCCCCUAAUUCUUAAAAAAAAAAAUGUUGCGGAGACGGGAUUUGAACCCUUACUUCAAGGUUAUGAGCCUUGCGAGCUAGCAAGCUGCUCUACCCCGCGUAUUGAAGCAAAGAACUAGAGACUGAUCUAAUGGACAGUUCAUACCAUCCAUACAUAGCAUUUUGACAUAAGAUUUUGAAUUCUUCCAUGUUUCAUCAAUAACAUAUUGUUCCAUGUUCAAAAUAUGGAAGAAACAGGUGUUUCCACAGCUAAAUUACUGUAAGGUAUCCAUAGCCAUGGAGUUUUGGAGCUGUACAUAUAUAUACUUGUGAAAAAAUCCUAACUCUUGCAGUUGAGUAGUUCCUGAAA